AUGGAUCAAGCGCGACUCCGUCUGCUGGUGCUGGCUGUGCUGAGCGUCGCGCUCCUCUCGACCGCCGAAGAUGUCGCUAUGCCCGCGACGCCCACCACGACCUUGGCAGGUAGAUUUUCACUUAGUGUAUGGGGACAAGCGCUGUUCGCCACUGCUCUAGUAGGCGCAGCGCCCGUGCUGGUACUACUCGUGGUUCCGCUGGGUAUCGGCAACCAGGAGAAGCAGCAGCCUUUGCUUCGUGUCUUCUUAAGCUUCGCGGCUGGCGGACUAUUGGGCGACGCGUUGUUGCAUCUACUGCCGCAUUCGCUUGCCGAGGGUGGGGGGCAUUCCCAUGAUCAUGAAGGCCACAACCACGACCACGAUCAUGAGGGGCACUCGCACUCCAUGACGGAUCUCGACGUGUGGCUGUGGACCCUAGCCGGAAUUUUGACCUUCUUCAUGUUGGAAAAGUUUGUUCGGGCGCAGACUGGGAGUGGCCAUGGACAUUCUCAUGGACAUGCCCAUCCUUCGCCGCCCGUGCAGAAUGGCGGGGCAUCACCGGCAUCGAGCAAGACUACUAUAGCGAGGAAGCGAACUGUUUUCAAGGAGGACAAAGACGAAGCGGGCAUGCCUGAAGAGGAACCGAUGGUACUCAAGGAACCGGGUAAGAAGCCCAUUGCAGCUGCUGGUUUCCUCAACUUGGCUGCGGAUUUCUCGCAUAACUUUACCGACGGCUUAGCUAUCGGUGCCACUUUCCUGCGCGGUACGGGCUGGACCACAACGGUGGCAAUGUUGCUGCACGAAUUGCCUCAUGAGAUCGGAGACUUUGCUAUCCUCAUCCAGUCUGGUUUCACUCGACGUGAAGCUAUGAUCACGCAACUGUUGACUGCCAUUGGAGCCAUGAUUGGCACGAUCAUCGGUCUGCUCAUGGAAGGCGCCGGCGACUCGAGCUCCGUGUGGAUCUCACCGUUCACGGCAGGUGGCUUUAUCUACAUUGCAUGUACCAGCGUCAUGCCGGAGCUACUGGAAGACUGUUCUCUAGCCCAGUCACUGAAAGAGGCUGGCGCUAUGUGUGCUGGCAUUGGGCUCAUGACCCUCAUUGCGUUGAGCGAAUAG